GCUCGCUCUGGUACAAGGAGAGCGCGGAGCCCCUAGAAGCACCACUGUCCCUCGGGGAUCUGGGCCUUAGUGGAUGCUUCUGUCUCGGCGCUGCGGGGGUUAAGGUGGGCGCCCGCGCCCAGCACCCGCCGGGAUGAGAGCGCCUUCCGCACCACCCGCCAGCCGGCUUGCUCCGAGUCGACACCGAGAGAAAGUGGCGGUCAGGGAUGCUGCUGCCAUGACAACCCCGGAGGUCCGGGCCAGCGUGCUUCAGGGCUGCUCCCCGGAGGAAGGCGGCGCGGAGGCCGGGGGCGGCCGCUGAGCGUGGCGUCCGCGCGUCCCCGCGUCCCGUGCAGCGUCCCUGGAGGAGGCGGGGGCCCGCAGUCCGCUCAGCUCCCCGCGCCCAAAGCCUGUGCCGCGGCGCUCCGCGGGCUGGCUGGCGAGGGCCGGGCUAGCAGGACUCGCCCACUGGGCUACUGGGAGGACAGCUUUGGAGCAAGCGGAGGAACCAGGCUACACCUGCUGCGGGUCACUGCGUGGAACUUUUUAUCGCCUUGGGGUCCAGAUGCGAGACUCGGGGCUGUUUUCUAACUCCAUCCAAACAUGUGUGUGAUCUAAUAAAACAUUUUCUCCUCUCCUUGAAAUCAGGAGCUUUUUUAAAAAAUUUUUUAUGACAUCUCCUUUCUGUCAGAGACACUUGCCUUCUUUGGGUUAUAAACUUUUGAUGCCAGACCUCUGCAGAACGCGCCCAACUGAAUCUUAAAGUAGCUUCACCGAGAAAGGCAGAGAACGCACAAUCUGUGACCUUCGUCCCUGCUCCUUCUUUCGUGCUCUCCCUCCCCCGGGCUCCCUCCGCCCCAGGGAGCGUUGAGAAAGCUCUUUUUUGGAUGCAGGAGGGGGCAUCUGGUUCUGCUAGGCUGGAAAGCUGAGGCUGGAGCCGAGGAAGAAUUAUUAGGCUCCGGAGAGCCUGGACUCAGCCUUGCCUUCUCCCGCUCUCAGCUCCUGGUUCGCUUUCUGUGUGCUUUCGCCCCUCAACACUUCCGGCUGUUCUGAGAGGGCUAGGGACAAGGACCUUGUCGCUGCAGGAGUUCUGGGAAGUUGUGGCUGUCGAGAAUGGGGGUCUGUGGGUACCUGUUCCUGCCCUGGAAGUGCCUCGUGGUCGUGUCUCUCAGGCUGCUGUUCCUUGUACCCACAGGAGUGCCGGUGCGCAGCGGAGAUGCCACCUUUCCCAAAGCUAUGGACAACGUGACGGUCCGGCAGGGGGAGAGCGCCACCCUCAGGUGUACCAUAGAUGAUCGGGUCACCCGGGUAGCCUGGCUAAACCGCAGCACAAUCCUCUAUGCUGGGAAUGACAAGUGGUCCAUAGACCCUCGAGUGAUCAUUUUGGUCAACACGCCUACCCAAUACAGUAUCAUGAUCCAGAAUGUGGAUGUAUACGAUGAAGGUCCAUACACCUGCUCUGUGCAGACAGACAAUCACCCCAAAACCUCCCGGGUCCAUCUCAUAGUGCAAGUUCCUCCCCAGAUAAUGAACAUCUCGUCAGACAUUACUGUGAAUGAAGGAAGCAGUGUGACCCUGUUAUGUCUUGCAAUUGGCAGACCAGAACCAACGGUGACAUGGAGGCACCUGUCAGUCAAGGAAGGCCAGGGAUUUGUGAGUGAAGAUGAAUACCUGGAAAUCUCAGACAUCAAACGUGACCAGUCUGGGGAGUAUGAGUGCAGUGCCUUGAAUGACGUCGCUGCACCUGAUGUUCGGAAAGUAAAAAUCACUGUAAACUACCCUCCCUAUAUAUCUAAAGCCAAGAACACUGGUGUUUCAGUCGGUCAGAAGGGCAUCUUGAGCUGCGAAGCCUCUGCUGUCCCAAUGGCUGAAUUCCAAUGGUUCAAAGAAGAUACCAGGUUAGCCACUGGCCUGGAUGGAGUGAGAAUUGAGAACAAAGGCCGCAUAUCCACUUUGACCUUCUUCAAUGUCUCAGAGAAGGAUUAUGGGAACUAUACCUGUGUGGCCACAAACAAGCUUGGGAACACCAAUGCCAGCAUCACCCUGUAUGGGCCUGGAGCAGUGAUUGAUGGUGUAAACUCGGCCUCCAGAGCACUGGCUUGUCUCUGGCUCUCAGGGACCUUCUUUGCCCACUUCUUCAUCAAGUUUUGAUAAGAAACCAUAGGUCCUCUGAGCAUCGCCUGCUUCUCCAUAUCACAGACUUUAAUCUACACUGCGGAGGGCAAACCAGUUUGGGCUUCUUUUUGUUUAUUUUUUGUUCUUCUUGAAUAUUUUGGUUUUUGGUUUGAU